AUGGCAGCGUGCACACUGGGUUUGUCCGCCCUAAGAAGCGGGUCGCAAGUGGGGCUCAAUAAUGCAAGAACACUGUCCACAACUGGCUCUCUGUGGCUGCGCCGGGCCCCUGCUCCAGGCCCUCUGCCAAACCAAGAAGUCGACGUGAAGAACCUGGAGUCUUCGGAGAAAUACCGCAGCUACAUCGGCUACUUCAAACAGGCUCAGAAGGCCCACGACCAACCAGUCUGGUGGAACACGUACAGGAAACAUGUGGACCAGGCCGAUCCACACCACGGUGCAGAGCAGGUGGACAUUGGGUUCCCUUACAAACAGCCCAGCAGAAGCAAACAGGUCAAAGAACGGAUGCAGCGGCUGAAGGAGAACAAGCAGAACGUGGAGCUGGAGAGAGCGGCUCGUCUGCGAACACUGCAGGUGUCGAUGGAGCAGGUGCUUGAGACCUGGGAGCAGACCAACGGGCCCUUCCACAUCCGGAGACUGGCAGAACACUACGGCGUCUACAGGGACCUGUUCCCCCGCGCCUUCUUCCUCCCCCUCGUCCCUCUCAGAGUGCGCUACGGUCAGGACGGCGCCGCACACUUCGGGAACACGCUCACACCAACAGAGACCGCAGCAGCUCCUCAGAUCAGCUUUGAUGCAGCAGACGGGACUCUGUGGACCCUGCUGCUCACAUGCCCAGAUGAGCACCUUUUGGACAGUGAGGCUGAAUACGUUCAUUGGAUGGUGGGGAACAUCCCAGCAGGAGCGGUAAAGUCGGGGGACGAGCUGUGUCACUACCUGCCGCCCUUCCCCCCCAGAGGCACAGGCUUCCACCGCUACAUCUACGUCCUCUUCAAACAGAACCGACCCAUCGACUUCAGGGAGGACGCACGCCCGGCUCCAUGUCUCUCUCUGGAGCAGCGCACCUUUAAAACAGUGGAGUGGUACAGAAAGCACCAGGAUCACAUGACCCCGGCAGGACUGGCCUUCUUCCAGAGCCAGUGGGACCCAUCCGUCACUCAGACCUUCCACCACACACUGGACAUGAAGGAGCCCGUGUAUGAGUUCAUCCGGCCCCCGACGUACCAGCCCCCUCAGGUCAAGUUCCCACACAGACAACCUCUGCGUUACCUGGACCGUUACCGCGGCGACAAGCCACACACCUACGGCAUAUACUGA